AUGGUAGUCGUGGACAGACCCGCGGGGCCUCGGCCUCCGCGCGCCAACACGACCGCGUACCUCUCUGCCCACGCAUGCUCGCCUCCAACGCUCAUCACGCUUGAGCCGCUAACCAAUAUCUUCCAAUGUAGUCAAAGGCCGACUUCUUCGGCGACGCUGAGCCCCGAGUACGCCUCGGACAGAUUCCACAUGCAUCGCAAUAGAGUGUGCGAUUAA